AUGGACGUCUUCGGCAUAGAUGUGGAAUGUGCAAAGAUAUCGGGUGAAGUUCUCACGCUUUCUGUCAACUCGGACUCGCUGGUGCGAGACCUGAAGCGGGCUAUCUCCAACUUGGCCACGCCCAGUGAGCCUCAGUUCCAUCCGAUCUGCCAGCAGAUCAUGUGGCAAGGCCGAGCAUUGGAGGAUACGGAGAUUCUGCAGAAGCUAUGCGAGCCGCCUCGAGCUGGGGACAAAGCAAAGCUCGAUGUGACCCUGUUGCUGACCGUGGACGGCAUCUUGUCAACUUUUGGGCUUGGAAGGUGUGAUCUUGCUGUCGCUGCGAUCAACGCUGCGCGGACGCAGGCGGUGUGUGAUGAGCAGGUGCUGUCCGCGCUGUAUCACUGCACGCGCUGGGGCCUCUUCAGCCGCUGCCAUUCGCCGGAGUCCAUCUCACAGCCCCGCGUCAAGGCUGCGGAGUCCAUCAACGCCUUCGCGCAGAAGGGCCAGGAGAAUGCCGUGGAUGCGCUCAUCAGGUGCCUCAAAAGCCCCUCCCGCGAAGUUCGUGAGAUCGCCAUUGACGGUCUCCUCUUGGCCCCCAUGGACAAGGAGCUCUUGUGCAAGAAGUUGAGAAAGCACAUCGAUGGCCUGCUGUCUGUUGAGGACAACGACGAUGAGGAGCUGAGAAGAGUGAAGUGGCAGGCUUACGAAGGAUGGGACAUUCUGCCUGCCUUGGAGAUGUUGGGACUGCUGUCGCAUCCGAGCGACGAAGACUCGCUCAGGGUGCUGAAGAAGGCUUUGGACAUCAAGUACGACUUCGUUGGCCGCCAGAUUUUUGCAAGAAGGGUGACGCUGUCCUCUCUGGGCCAUGUGGGCUGGACAUGUCCCAAGACGUCCUGCAAGCUGGUGCGGUACUUCGUCAAAUUCUGCAGUGUGCUUAUGUCUCCUGUCGUGAUGGGUCGAUUUGGUUUGGUAAAUGACCCUCACGACCACUGGGAGACGACUGUCCCAGUCGUGGCCCAGCAAAUGUGCAGCUUCGGAGACACGAGGUUAGUGCUUCCAGAGCAGAUUGUGGACGAGUUGGUGUCGCUGCUCUCGCAUGCCGGCCAAACAGACCCACGCUUUCGCCAUGGCACCCACCCUCCAAAGACUCCCAGCGCGGCCUCUGCGCGGCGAGCGGCGACUGAGCUACUGAGCGCCUGCGGGAACGAGACAGUGGUAGAGAAGACGCUGCCACUGUUGAAGCACCACUGGGAUGAGGUGAAGAUUGCGGCCAUGACCGUGCUUGGGCGAAGGGCUCUCGAAGAUGAAGCGUUGAUUGCCGAGCUCACCAGUUUUAUCCAUUCUGGAUCGUCUGCCGUGGCGCAGACAGCUGUGACUGCAUUGGGCCAGGUGGGCAAGGGCAACGAGCAGGCCAUCGCCACUCUCAGAUCGUGUCUGUCGCAUGCAGAUGGCUGGGUGCGCAGAAGCACGCCUGCGGCCUUGCUCUGCGCCGCUGGCCCCAGCGCCGUGGCGGAGUUGCAGCGGCUCUGCGCGCAGGGCGAUGUCGAGGUUGCGGAGGCGUCGCUAAGAGCUCUGUCUCCGGAACAUGCGCGAGCUGCGGCCGCCCAAGCGUUGAAUCACCAGGAGCCCUACAUCCAAGUCGUGGCUGGAAAUCAGCUGUUGAAGCUGCACCGGAUCUCAGACCUCCUUUUCGACGUGAGCUCUGGGCACCUAAGGUGUUUAGACAACUUCGUAUACUUCAUGAGAGAGGGGCAAAAGGACGAACCGGAGGCGCCCUCUACAGAGGUCUUUGUGGCUGUUGCCGAUGUUGUUCGGCGCCGGGAGAUCUCCGAAACGAAGCGGAUUUGCAUUAGCUUCCUCUAUGCCCUGGGCAUUUGGUUGCAGCACACAGAGGCCAUCAACCUGCUUCAGGAGCUUGUGGAAGAGAAGCUGUGGCAUCCGCUCCCGGUAGCACAGGAGGCUGUGCGGCUGCUUCGCGAGAAGCCAAAACCAAAGAUGAGGAAGAUGAUGAAGGUGAAGUGGACAUCUUCCAUGCUCACCUUGGAUAGAGACGACGACCUGCCAGCCCCAUCUGCUGAUGACGAAGACCUGCAGCAGUUCUGGCAUGCCUACUACGUGGACGGCUUCUCGGCUCACGUCAACCAGACUGACGCAUUGGAGAGUGGACCUGACGGGGCGUCGUGA